AAGCAUUCAUUCUCAAUCUUCAUUCUUCAACCAUCAAGCUUAAUCAUCUUCAAUCGAUUAAUCUAUUCUUCGAGUAAAAAACCAACUUGUAUUAUCUAUUCACAUCUCAGAAGUCAUGGCACCAUCAGCGGUAAACCUCACGCCCGACGAACGUACUGCUUAUGCUUACCUUUUUUCCAAGGCCGACACAGAGCAGAUCGGGGUCUUGGUGGGCGAAAAGGCAGUAGCAUUUUUUUCGCAUUCAAAGUUACCACCGACAAUCUUAGGAGAGAUAUGGCAGUUAGCCGAUCAAGAUAAUGCCGGUUUCCUUACUCGUCCCCAAUUCGAUAUCGCCUUGCGUCUCAUUGGUAAAGCACAACGAGGUAUCCCUAUUAAUUCAGCAGCGAUCUCUACUCCAGGUCCACUCUGCCGUCUUGAAGGAUUUACGAUUCCUGGAAUCGCAGUCCCUAGUAGUCCGCUCCCAUCUGUCAGCGCGCCUCCUGCUGCAAAGGCAGCAUCAUCGGUGCAAGAUCCACUGUAUAUCAUCCCCGAAUCAGACAAGACAAAGUACGUUAGGAUGUUCAUGAACGCAGGACCCAAUGAUGGUCUUCUAGAUGGGGAAAAGGCUCGGGACAUCUUUAUCAAAAGCCAAUUGAGCUUUGAGAAAUUAGGACAAAUAUGGACUCUUUCCGAUACCCAGUCACGCGGUUCACUGUCGGUAGGAGACUUUAGCAUCGCAAUGCAUCUUAUUCAAUUAUGCAUGUCAGGUCGGUUAGCCACUUUACCGGCGCAAUUACCACCCAGUCUGAUGGAGUCAGCCCGAUCACCUGUCAAUCCGGCAUUGGUCCGAGCUCUCUCCCCUCAAAUGACUGGUCAGCCUUCACAGGUCUUGAACCAUUCUACUGGUUCCCAAAGACAAGCAACUUUGAAUAGCUCUAUACGACCACAGUAUACUGGACAACAUGCUGCUGCCACAAUGCCUCCAUUAGCUUCGUCGAGUCAGGCUCUCUCCGCGUCCGCGACCUUUCCACCUCAAGCACAAUGGGACAUUAGUCCGGCCGAACUGGCCCAAAGCAACGUGUUUUUCGAACAACUUGAUCCUACGCGACAAGGCUUCAUCACGGGAGACCGAGCUGUACCUUUCAUGAUGGAGAGCAAAUUACCUGGGGAGACCUUGGCGCAGAUAUGGGACUUGGCUGAUAUCAGAGGAGAGGGUCAACUGACCCGCGAGGAAUUUGCGGUAGCGAUGCGUUUGAUCCAAGAUACUCUGGCGGGAGCCAACGAAAGUUUGCCUACGCAACUGCCGGUGUCAAUGAUCCCACCUUCCCUAAGAAGAGCUUCUGAUACAACGAAUGAUCUUUUGUCGCUGAUGGAUGAUCACGAGCCAACUCACACCGCAAGUCCAGUGGCAACCAUGGCUCCAAUAUCAGCUCAAAACACUGGGCAAUUACCCCAAUCGUCCAUACUUUCUGCUCAAAGGACGGGUGCGUCGGUGAUCGGAUCUAUGUCUAGCGUACUAUCACCACCAACAUCCUCAAGUGGAAUGAACUUCAACGCCCAAGCUGUACCUCGUCAAUUCACUGGCCAAGCAAACACUUUACCCAGCUCAUUGGAAGACAGCGGCGCACGUCUCGGUAAUCUACACACACAAGUAGCUUCUACUGACAAUGCUCUAACGCAACUACGCACGGAACACGGACGAUUAGAAGGGGACAUCGGUAGUACUUCGGAACAGAUUCGGACCCUGGAGACUAAGCUGUCCACGUCUCGUGCCGCUCAUCAAACUGAAAGUCGGCUGGUGGAAACGCUACGCGCUAAGCAAACUGAACAGCGAACUGUAGUGAAGCAGUUGACUGAAGAGGUGAUUCGCGCCGAAUCAGAACUAUCGGCCCUCAAGAUGGAAAAGAGUCAAAUAGAAGGCACCGUCUUGCGUGAUAAAGAGGAUAUACGAGAUAUGAAGAAGAAAAUGGCCGAGCUACAGGAACAGACGCAACAAAUUCGAACCGCUUUGGAGUCGCUGAAGAAGGAUUCAAGGCUUCAGAAAGGUCUUGUGGCGAUCACCAAAAAGCAGGUUUCUACUAUAGAAGGUCAAAAAGAUCAAGCUACGAAAGAACUGGCCGGUUUACAAGGAAGUAUUCCAGGUGCUACCGACAGUACAACAACGCGAUCCCUCACACCUGUACCUUCCGUAACAUCCCCUUCAGAGUCAGUCUCUACGAUUACAAAGAGCACGAAUCCCUUUGCGAGUAUGUUCUUGUCCAAAUCUCCUCAACCAAUUGAACAAAGCCCCACAGGAUCGAAUUUUGGUCAAGAACGAGCUAUUUCUGCAGCCAAAGAACCAGAUCCAUUUGCAACAUCCCUGGAAUCCUCGCGUCCGACGGAACAGCCGCACGAAGAAAAUCAUGUUGACAGUUCUACGCAUACUGAGAAGGAGAACCCGCCGGCAAUUGGAUUUGAUGAAGCCUUUGAACCGAACGAGUCGACAUCGACAUCCACUGGUCCCCCUGUUUCCUCUCCUAGUAAUCCAGCAGUAAGGCCAACAAUUAACGCUCCAGGAUUACAACCUUCUCAAGCCGCUCAGCCUCGAGGAGAUGAUGAUGAUUUGUCAUCAGAUGAAGAAGAAGUAGAAGAGGCAACUGGGUCGAAAUUGCUUAGUUCAUCUACAACGCUCAAACCUCAGAGCUCGAUGGACCUUAAAUUCCCACCGCUUUCAGAUGGCGAAUUUUACGCAACGGGUUCUGACGAAACUCAUCAAUCGCAUAGACCUUCUACUUUGGUCCAGGCAGGUGAUGCGUUUUAUUCUGCUCGAAGUGGUUCAUUUGGUGGGAAUUUCGGUUCUCCUAGCGAUGCUCAACAUCCUGAAAGUUCAGAUUUUGACUCUACACUCGACACUAAGCCUAAUCCAUCAGCUGCGAAGCCUUCUGGGUUUGGUGAUGACCUUGAUGUGUCCGACUUUGCGACGGACUUUGGACCUGAAGCAGGAAAGGCCACCACUGCAACCAUGGAAGACUUUGAUAGUGCAUUUGCUAAUCUUCCUCCGCCAUCUAAAGUGACAGAUCAGCCAACUGAAGCAGUAGGUAAUGGUGCUGGUGAAUCUCAAGAUACGUUUGAUAAUACUUUUGGAGAUGACUUUGUUACUAAACCAUCAACGGGAGCACCAGUUGGAUUUGAUGACGCCUUUGCGAAUUUCAAUGAUCAUUUCACAGCACAACCUACUCAAACUUCAUCAAUUGCUAAUGAUUCAAAUGAAGUCGAUCCAUUUGGUGGUUCAUCUACUUCAUCUUUACCUCCUCAUCUACCACCUAGGAAUCCGGAAAAGAAUGAUCAAGAUUUACCUAGAGAUGAUGAUAAUGAUGGAGUUAAACAGAUUUGUGCAAUGGGAUUUCCACGUGAGGUAGCUAUUGAAGCAUUGAAAAAAGAUGAAGGAGAUGUAGAAAGAGCUUUGAAUCAUUUAUUAGGAGUAUAAGAUCCUCAACAGAAUUAAGUUAAAUCUAUUUAUAGGGUUUUUGUAUAAAUUAUCAUGCAAUGGUUUUUUUUGUUUUUUGUUUUUGCCUAUCUUUUAUUAACACAUUCCAGUCUUUCUUUUAUUAACUUUAUAUAACUUUUUAUAUUCAUCUUAAAUUGUUUUGAUUGUUGGGUUGAAUAGUUUUUGUUUUUUUUUGUCUUGUGAAGGAGAUGGUGGAUAGGUGAAGAAGAAGGUUCUUUGAGGUUUUUUGAUUUGAUGGAAUGUCAUAUGAUUCUUUGUAAAUUG